ACCGUCACCGACCUCGUCCGUGACCCGACCCGCCGUAGCGCUACCCCCGCCGGAUCCGUCCACACCGUAUCCACUGUAAGCGGUAAGUCGUCCAAGAUUGCUGACCCGCCCGUUUACCACAACGACAAAUCGAAGGACACGGUGACCUUCGAGGUCUGGCACCGACUCGUUGGCAACACGCUGAAGGUCAACACCGAUCACUUUGCUGAUGACGAGGCCAAGCAAGCCUACAUUGAGAAUCGCCUGGCCGGCUAUACCGCUAAAGACUUACAACCCUACCUUCGUGACACCCACCCUAACCAAAUCAAGACAUCCCAGGAGCUGAUGGCUCACCUCAAACGACAGUAUGAUAACCCGAAUAUUGCUCGCCAAGUUGUGGAGGACUUUGAGAAAUUGCGUAUAUAUCAGGACGACUUUCAUAUCUUCAAGAACAAGUUUGUCCGUCUUGCUGGCGAGUGCCAACUGGCUCAAUCCCAAUGGAAGGAAGCUUUCCAUCGUCGUCUCUCUCCCGAGCUCCAAGUGGGCAUGGCUCUAUACGCUACGUUGGACGCCAUUGACUUUGACGGAUAC